CAUCGCUUCCUGUAGCAGGUUACCAGCGGCGCUAGCCGUGCUAACGGGACAUGUUGGAUAGCGUUUUACAGUCUAUGUUUUUACCCCAAGUCGAUGGAAAGAAGACCAAACAGUAAAUCGUAAUGAUUGGUUUUGGCUCAGCCUCAGCUUUUGACUAUCUUCUGGUGUUUGCAAACCGUCUUAAUGGGUGCAUAUUACUGUGCCAUAUGCAGACAGACAACGUUCACGGGGAAGGGACAUAUCUUCGGAAAAAAUCACCAAAGCAGACUUAGAGUGGUUCUACUGAAAUUCUUAGAAAAGGUGAAGGAAGCUCGCAGAACACUUAAAAAACCCCAAGUAGAAAAGUUUGAUGGCACCCAGCACAAGCAGACAUUCUGGUGCUACUGCUGUGGGCUUGAAAUUGAAAGAAAUGUUACAGAUGGCAACAUGACUGUGAUGUACGGAGGCUUGAUAGAACACAUGGCUACCCCAGAACACAGGAAGAAUACGCACAAAUUCUGGUGGGACAAUAAGGCCGACCCCAAGUUUAGAGACAAGGUCAUCAUCACAGAGGAGGAAACUGAAAAGUUUAAAGCUGAAGUGGAAAAGGCAUUGGAAUCAUUUGUGGAGAAGGAGGAUGAAUUCAUUAAACAGGAAGCCGAUUCAAUCCGGGCCCAGGAGAAGCUUCGUCAAGAGGUCCUUCAGUCUCUUUUAGAGCAUGACGCAGAGCCAGAGUUGUUCAAUGGACCCAACGGCACAGACAUGUCUGCAGAGGAUGCUGUCAGCUCUCAGUUUAUGUGUCAAGGAUCAGGCCAGCAGGCGAGGAGCAUCUUUGACGACUCCGUUGUCGAAACACAGAGGUCUACACCAGGACAAGGGCUGACUUUCAUAGGUUAUCAGGAUUCAGCAAACAGUGGAAAUGUUCAUACAGGUGCCGUCCCUCCAUGGCUCCAGGAUGAUCCUUUGGAAGGGACCUCCGGAACUGCAGCACACCCAGAGAUCGGCCCAUCGCUCCAAGACUUCCUCAAACAGAAGGAGCAAGAGAAGCUGAGGAAGCUUCCACCGAACAGAGUGGGGGCCAACUUUGAUCACAGCUCGCAUACAGACGCCAACUGGCUUCCCUCCUUUGGUAGAGUGUGGAACAGUGGCCGACGCUGGCAGUCCAGGCACCAGUUCAGACAAGAGGAAGGACAGAAGAGCAAACGGAAGAGGAAGAGAGAGCACGGCGCAGAGGGUUCAAAGAAAGCAAAAAAGACAGAACAGCUGACAAAUUCUGACAACACUUUAAUCUGAGUAGUGUGUGAGAAAUUAAGAGUGAUAUCGUGUAUAUAGUUUGCAAGAUGUGAAUGUGGUUUUAUACUAUGUUUCUGAGGAGUUGUACUUGGUUGAAAUGCUCAGGCUAACUAGACACCCUACUGUUAGACACGCAGGUGUGUGUGGGGGGGGGGGGAUUUAUGUAAACAUAAUUGGCAAAAUUUGCUGUAAAGAUAUUAGCUUACACAUUACAUGAAGCAGUGCCUAAUGGAUUUAUUUAUGUUAAAAACUUUCUUUUUGAUUAUUGUGUUUUUUUGUUUUUUUUUUAAAUAAAAACUACAUGGUGCAACUUCACAACACAUAAUCAAUUACUACAUAAUUAUUUUCAUUGACAAGGAUCUGUACUAAAAUAUUUUUUUCUUUAGUCUGUAGAAUAUGAUGUGUAGGCCAGGACAUCUCUGCAGCACGACUACAUUUAAUUUAAAAUGGUAUAUUGACACACAUUUUGCCUUUAACAAAUGUUGCAUUUCCUGCGAUUUUAAAACUGCAGUAGACCAUGUUGUGAUUUCGAUAAGAUUUUGAUUAAUUGUUUGGCCCUACCUGCCACACACAAUUAAUAUUUUAACAAAAUCGGUGCUGCCACUCAGUUGGUCAGUUAUUGGCUCCAAGGCACCAGAGGGAAAAGCCUACAUGAAAAACUUUUCCUGCCCAAAUUUUCACAUUUAGUCCACAAUCACAAUCAGCAAGUUACUGAGUAGACUAAAGCACUUUUGAAAUCUGAAGACACCAUGACUGCUCUGUCGAGUAAACAGCAGGGGGCGCCAGCCUCUCCCCUAACCUGCUAUGCAAUAACAGAAGCGUUGACGUUUAGAAAACAUGUUAAAAUCCCAACCCACUGUGUCAUUUUUUUUUGUAAGGAUGUAUGUCCAUGUUUGUGCUAGUUUGGCACUCUGACCUAUGAAUGUUUUUGUAAACGAUCCUAAACAGUAAUAGAAUGAGAGCAGUAGUUUUCACUGUUUCUAAGACAUCCAAUAAUAAACACGUCUCUUUUUUGCAGUGAA